AUGGAUAUUCACAACAUUGACGACUUUUUAAACUUGCAGGAUCAGAAUGAGAUCAACUUACUGUCAGCAGAAGGAAUAGCCCCUAUCCAACAUAAUGAAUCUGAAUGGCAUUCAGUUACCAGCACGCCAUCGGAUUCCUUUCCUACAGCCAACAACAUUUUAUAUGGUACAGAGGAUCGUAAUGAUAAUAACCAUAAUAGUAGUAAUGAACCUAGUAAUAAUAAUAGCAACAAUUGGGGCUUUGAAUUAGGCUUUAAUUUUAUGCAUGACAACAAUAACAAUGUCGAUGCUAAUAAUUUCAUAACUCCUGAUUCAUUACUUAAACAACCUCAAAUACAACAGCAACAACAACCAUCAGAACAAAGAGUGACACGUUCUCGUUCGAUCACGUCCAACACAACCCCUACAGUCACAUACAAAAAGAAAAAAUCAAGAGCUAAAAAGCUUUACUGUAUCUGUCAACAGCCGUAUAAUGGUAAGCCUAUGGUUCAAUGUGAUCGUUGUGAAGAAUGGUUUCAUUGUGCUUGUGUUGGCUUUGACCCUGAUGCAGAGGAAGAAGAUAUUGAUUGGAUAUGUCAAAAAUGUGAACAAGUGCACAUGUGA